AUGGGCAAGAAAUUGAGACAGAAGGCGGCCAAGUACACCCCACCUCGAAACAAGAACGCCUUCGCCUUUCGCGAUGACUCCUCCACCAACAACAACCAUACCGGCUCAAAUACUCCGAAGCCUUAUUUCUCUUUGAGAGACGAACUCCAGAGCACAGAGAAGCAUGAGUGGACCAAGGAGUCAAGGUUGAGAGACCACAAGGUUUCGUUUGUCAGUGCUGGUUCUAUGGCUCCAUUAGACGAGCCUGUCAAACUUGACAAGCCAAUCCUGAAGAAGAGCCAAGCCAACGUCGACCAAGACAGAGAUUUGCGCAACUCAGAGGACGCGAUGGCUCAAAUGGACAUCAACGCUCGGCCUCCUGCCGCCAUUCCCUCACUAGACGGUGCAGAAGAGAUUGAAAUGGACAUUGACGAGACAGUUCACCUUUCUGCGCAAAUCACAAUUCCCAUUGAAGAGUCUACGCCACAGCGAAUCUCCGUACCUUCGCCUCCACCCGAAGACGCUCCCAUGUUCUUUGUAGACACCGCCGGAGACGAGUCGCUCGCCUUCAAAGGUCCCAAGUCCGUUCCUGCCCCUCGCGCUCGCGCGCCUUCACCUGCAAGAUCAUCGUCAAGUGACGAAGUCGUCUUCCGUGGUCGCAACGGUGUCACCAUCAGAGACGACCCUCCAGCUGUCAUCUCAAAGCCAGUCUCGAAGCCCGCACCGAAGCCCGCCCCCAAGUCAUCGUCCAAGCCUGCCACUCAGCCUGCCCAAGUCAACCCUCAGAUGGAGAAGUUCCUCAAGUCGCUAGACAACCCUCCGGAGUGGGCGAAAGAGAUGUCUGAACAAUCCAAGGCUAGGAACCCGUCUACACACCCUGGAGAGCAAUGGCCUUCCAUGGAGCAGGCAAAUGGCUUUGCAGAUCGCCUCGAUCAAGAUCUUAGCGGUGUCCAUGCCUCGCGCAAGUCAAAGAAGAACAGAAAGAAGCAGAACCGCAUCUUCCGCCUUGAGCAGGAUCUCGAGGACGAGUUGCUGCGCGACUACAUCGAAAACAUUGCUGCCGAAGACAUGCCUACCCGUCGUGGUCUUGGUGGUGACGAUUCUGGCGAUGAUACAGAUGACUUCUUUGACGGUCUCCUGAACGAAGAAGAGAAGGAUCCUGACGAUGUCGAUGUCACAGCUCUCGAGGACGAGUGGGAGGACGAGUCCGACUCUGAGGAAGACGAAGAAGACGAUGAAGAUGACGACGACGACGAUACUGGCAGCGAAGACAGCUCAGAGCUCGAAGAACGCUUAGCGCGUGAGGAGCGUGAGCAAUGGGAGGACGAUGCCGAUAUCAGGGAGCGACGUGCGCAGGCCAUGACGGACGAAGAGCUGGCUCUCCUGUUUAUGAAGCAAGAGGAGCUGGGCAUCGACGGAGACGACAUCAUGCUCUACGACGAUCGCUUCGGAGACGUUGACGGUGCUCGCGCUGGUUUGGCAAACUAUUCUGUCAAGACUCCCAAGGGCGGCAAGAAGAAGAAGGGCGGCAGAAAGAGCGACAACUUCCCUGACGCCACUCUCAUGGCCGACGUAUUGGAGCAAGAUGCGUACGGAGGCUUCGAUGUUAUGGACUACGACCGACCUAGUUUGAGAAAGAAGAACAAGGGUCGCAAGUCUGGUCCACUUCCUGAGGAGCUUGGCUUGUCAGAUUCUGAUUUGGUUGAGGAGCUGCAAAACCAAUGGGCCAACGACCGCUCCAAAAAGGCCAGCAAGAAGGCUGAACGCGAGGAGCUACGUCAACUUGGUCUCCUCGGCAAGAAGAACAAGUUCAAGCCUGACAUGAACCAACGCUACACUGAGGGCAUCACCAUGGGUCAGGUCAGGAUUGAGCUUCAAGACUUCUUGGAACAGGAAGACUUCACCACAAAGGCCUUCCCGCCGAUGCAGAAGAACGACCGCAAGGUCCUCCACGAGAUCGCCAACCAUUUCAACCUCAAGUCCAAGUCAGUCGGAAGCGGUAAGAACAGAGCGCCAGUGCUCAUCAAGACACAGAGGACCGUGGAAUGGAGCGAGCAGCACUUUACCCGCGUCUCGAGCCUCGUCAGCCGAUCGUACCUCAAGAACUCGUCUAAGAAACCUAAGAGCACUCUUGCCGGCGACGUUAGAAGGACCAGACAAAUGGGCGGUGGCGGUGGUGGUGCAGCAGCAUAUCGUAACGGCGAUGUUGUUGGUCACAACGCCUCAGAAAUCCCAGCAACCAAUUUCGGUAGAAAGCUCAUGGAGAAGAUGGGUUGGGCAGCUGGCAUGUCGCUCGGAAAGGAAGGCUCUGGUGGUCUUCUUGUCCCUGUGCAAGCUACUGUCAAGUCAGGCAAGGCUGGUCUG